GGGCAUUGAUUGCGCACUGUGCAGGAAGAGGAAAAAAACACAAGUCCCAAAACCUGAACUCUCUAGCUGGGAGUCGAACCCGACAUCAGCUUGUAUAAAGACAAUAUGGACUAACCUAUAGACCACUAGAAACUAAUCUAUUACUAUCAUUAUUAUGGAUUCUAUAAUUUCCAACAAGCGUCGUGUUUUCUAGGGUUGAAUUUGGCUUCCCCUCUUCACCCCAUAACACGCCUCGUUCUCAUCCAGCCGCAUUUCUGAAAGCGGAUGUCCAAAAGGACUUGCUUUCCUUUGGUCACAAGAAGCUUGACAACGCGACUACGACCAGUGCUGAGGUGAUAGGCGGGAGAGGCAUCGCUUGCACGAGCGACUGUGUCCGUCUUUGGGCAUCUAUCAGACGAUGAGUUCUGAAUCUGAGGCCUGCCUCAAAACCUCAAGAUGCGUCUAUGGUAUUGCGGUACGCCGGCUUUGGCUUCAGGUGCUGUGCUAGAUCUCUCGAUGACGUACAGCUAUCACUCGGUUUCAAACGAUGCCAUUGUCAGCAUCUUCGAGCUACGACCACUCACGACUCUCACCGCGCCCCUCGAGGAUUCCGUCCCCCAGCCCAAUUCCCUGCUUUCAGCACUGACUCCAGCCAUAUAUGCUAUCGCAGGACGCGAUUUUCACUGUCCUUCCGUCUGAGGGAUCCACAACAAUCCGUUCCUACAACUCGCCAACUGUAUGGGGCGCAUCGUCUUUCUGUGUACAUUCCACGCUGUAACCUAUCGCUCGCAUUCACCGGUUUUAAACCCAUCAAGCCUGCCGAACGAUCUAUAUGGUUCUGUGCUCGCCUGGCCAUAGAGACGUGGCAG